CGCAGUACACAUUUUCAUUUUCUUGGUUCUGAUAUUCAUCCGUUUAACUAUGAAGUCACUAUCCACCAUCUAAAAAGAACUAACCGGUGAGCUAGGGUUGCAGUGCAGCUCAACUUCCAUCGCCUCUGACCUCUCCGCUUCUCUUCCGAUUCACAAGGACCGAAACAAUAAUGGCACUUCCACAUUCUUGUUGCUUUAGGCCCGGUAAAGUUGCAUCAAGAUGCAAUCUUUUUUAUUCUAGUGGCUGGCAGAGCAACAGGCAGCACAAUGUGCUUUCAUGCAUCAAGAAGUCUGAUCAAGAUCUUCAAACAAAGGUUGGUCUAUUACUAGAUGGUAUCAAAUGGGACGACAAAGGUUUGGCAGUGGCAAUAGCUCAAAAUAUUGACACCGGAGCUGUUCUAAUGCAAGGCUUUGCCAACAGGGAUGCUCUUUUAACGACCAUUUCGUCUAAAAAAGCUACAUUCUAUAGCCGGUCACGGUCUGCUUUGUGGACUAAGGGAGAGACUUCUAUGAACUUCAUCAAUGUCUGCGAUAUCUUUCUCGAUUGUGAUCGUGACUCUAUUAUAUAUCUAGGGAAACCUGACGGACCAACUUGCCACACGGGCUCAGAGACUUGUUAUUAUACAUCAGUUUAUGAUGCCUUGAACAAUACACAGGUGGAAGAGAGUAAGUUGGCACUCACAACUUUGUACUCAUUAGAAUCUACAAUCCAUCAAAGAAAAGAUGAAAUACCAACAAAUGGAAAACCCUCGUGGACAAAGCGAUUAUUGCUUGAUGAUAAGUUACUUUGCUCAAAAAUUCGGGAGGAGGCUGAUGAGCUAUGCCGAACGUUGGAGGAAAAUGAGGACAAAUCUCGCACUGCAUCAGAGGCAGCAGAUGUGCUUUAUCAUGCCAUGGUUCUGCUGGCUAAUAGAGGAGUGAAAAUUGAAGAAGUUCUCCAAGUACUUAGGCAGAGGUUUUCACAGUCAGGAAUUGAAGAAAAGAAAAGCCGAAAAUCCUAGUAGGCCAUUGGCAAAGCUACCUGGGUUCACUAGUUUGUUUGUUGGAUUCCUUAAAAGAGUGCACCUCCUUUACCUUUAUUCUACAUCAGUUCCAGACAUCUUUCUCCACUAAUAUUCUCAAAUCUCCAGAUAUUUCUGCGUUCCUGUAUCCAUACAUUUUUUAAAGGCUUGUCUUGUCCUUGGCCACAAUCUUUUACCGGGAACGAACUGAGCUGCUCGUGUUUGUUUUUGUUUUUAAAGGCUUGACUGGUUACUUGAUUAGUUCAUAAGCAAGAAUAAAAGAUGGAAAAGGGGGCAUUUUAUCUCUAAAACUGUAAUAUAUUGAUAUAUCAAUGGAUUCCUCAAUAAGUGCACCUUCUUUA